CCUGGACAGGUCACGUGGACUGAUGUUAUGCAAACCUUAAGUUCUUGUUGUUGGCUUUCCGCAUUUACUGCCGACUGUCACAGGGGGAAACAUGAAAAACAAGCUCGCCGAGGUAGAUUCACACGAGUCAAAAAGUAAAGUGAAGAAGAAAAGAGCUGCCGAGGACCCGCGUCCAACUCUCGCUAAGAAACUGCGAGACAAAAAAGAUGGAGAGACACGCGAAGCAGGGCUCAAGUCUGCAGGAGUGCAGCGGAAGACUGGGAGCAUCCUGCAUUAUAUUUAUAAAAGCACCUUGGGCCAAAGUCUGCACACUCACAUGAGACAGUGUCUCCAGGAGCCCUUCAUUCGUUCCCUGUCCUCCUAUCAUUUCCAUGGUUCCAGCAGCCUAUUUGACCGCAGAAUCACCUGCUUGGAGUGGCACCCAACCCACCCCACCACUCUGGCUGCAGCCUCCAAAGGUGGAGACAUUUUCCUGUUGGACUUUACCAACCCCACAAAUAAAACCUUUUACAAAGGGAAUGGAGCAGGGGACUCUAUUGGAGGGAUGAAGUUCUGUCCCACAGAUUUGUCCAAAGUGUAUUUGGCUUCUGGAGAAGGCACCCUCACCCUGAAGAGCUUUGAGGGCCACGCACCCACUCUGCUGUCCAGAACUGCAGACUGUGACCACAAUCACCACGAUGUUUGCUUUUGGUACUGUUGUGUUGACGUGUCUGUGAGUCGACAGAUGCUCGUCACCGGAGACAACAUGGGACAACUUGUUCUUCUUGGUUUGGAUGGCCAAAAGAUUUUCAGAGAGAAGUUGCACAAAGCCAAAGUAACGCACGCAGAGUUUAACCCUCGAUGCGACUGGUUGCUGGCGACGGCCUCUGUGGACCACACAGUGAAGCUCUGGGACCUCAGGAACCUCAAAGACAAGAAAAGCUUCCUUCAUGAACUACCUCAUGAGAAAGCUGUCAACUCAGCCUAUUUCAACCCGUCGGACUGCUCCAAGCUGCUCACCACAGAUCAGUACGACCAGAUUCGUGUUUAUGCUUCGUGUGACUGGACCAAGCCUCAACAGAUCAUCCAGCACCCACACAGACAGUUCCAGCACCUCACACCCAUCAAAGCCACGUGGCAUCCCAUGUAUGAUCUGAUUGUGGCUGGGCGCUACCCUGAUGAUCGUUUCUGCACCACCGAUGAGAGAACCAUCGACAUCUUUGACUCCAACACUGGGGAGCUUGUGUUUCAGCUGUAUGAUUCCACCGCCACAGGGAUAAAGUCUAUCAACAAAUUUAGCCCAAUGGGUGACCGGAUUGGAUCUGGCAUGGGUUUGACACUGCUGGUCUGGGACCACGACGAGUCGCUGGUCGACGAUCGGGACAAACCGCACGAAGAAACGCCGACUUCGUCUGGUUCGUUGAGGGGCCAGCGGAGGAGUCUGCAGCGCUCCAGCAGGGACCGGAAGGGUUCGGCUGGAGAUGCAAAGCUCAAGAAAAAACUUGCUGCCCUUGAAGAAACGGAGACCAAAACCAAGACUAAACAAAAACAAGCUCAGACGAAGAAGAAGAAGUAA